UUCCGGCAAAAAUACCCACCACCUGUGUGUGCUCAGCGAGUAGCUCCACUUUCCCCCGCGUCGAAACCCCCCUACUUCCGAUUCUCCUCCGACACGACGCCCGAUCCCAUAUCCUUUCCCUCGAAUCAUCGAUCCAACGCAGACUCCAAGCGCGAUAGGGCGCUCCUUCCGUCGUCGCUCCAGGCUGUUAGGGCUCGUACUCUUCUUCCUCUUCGAGCUGCGGUUGAAUUGGUCCAAGAUAUAUAGGGUUUCGAGGCAUGGGGUCGGGUCGAUGAAGGAUUCCGGAGCUGUGCAGCGGAGUGUGCAGGGGCCGGGCGCAGGCGAAUCCGGUGGUCCAGGCUGAGCGGCCGAGCACCAGGCGCAGUCGGGCGGCGAGGAACCAGCAGCCAGUGGGCCAGAACCCGCCGGCGACGAGGUCCCCCGAGCGGAGGGAGGAGAUUGGUUUAGUAGAGGACCGCGGCGAGGUUAGAGGUUUGGGUGGGGAGGAGAAACUGGAAGAGGUCGGGGAGAGGAAGAUGAAUGACUACGAUCGUGGGGCGACGAGCCCAGAUAAGCUCCCUGGUGGGGAGGACGAGACGAGCACGGCCCCUCUCCCAGAAAAGGAACUACCUCUACUUUCAAGGGUUAAAUGAAUCCACAUAAAGAGCAUGUGCCAUUUUGUUUUCCUUUCUUUUGAGGUUCAAGUCAGCAAUUCACCAGUAUACAAAGUUGAAAGGAAGCUAGGCAAAGGAGGAUUUGGGCAAGUUUAUGUUGGUCGCCAUAUUUCACCUACCAAUGCAAAUGAUACGACUACUGGUUCUAAUGCCGUAGCAUUAAAGUUUGAACAUAGGAACAGUAAGGGAUGUAAUUAUGGUCCACCUUAUGAAUGGCAGGUUUACAACACUCUUGGUGGUAUACAUGGGAUGCCACGAGUCCAUUACAAGGGCCGCCAAGGGGACUAUUAUGUUAUGAUUAUGGAUAUGCUGGGACUGAGUCUAUGGGAUGUCUGGUCUCCAAAAGAGCAACCUUACUAUUGUUCCAAGUCUGCCCUCAAAUGCAGCAAUUGUUCCCAGAUAUAGAAGCAUAAGUUGCUUCAUCAUCCAUUAAAGAAUUCGAGGGCUUCAUCUCAACAGCUCUGAAAAUCUGAUAAGUGGGCGCCUAAAGUUGUUUGCAAAGAUACUUGAGUUUUUUGUUUUUGGUUAAUCUUCCUAAAAUCAUUUUGUUCUACUAUGAUGUUGUGCAGAUGACUGUUGACAUAGUAAACUUAAUUGUAAGGAUGCUGAUACUGUUUCCAGGAUCUGUUUUGGAAUCAAAUCAGGAUAUAGAUUCAUGGUUCAGCACAAAGGAUUUGGAGCCAGGUAUGACUAGUCUGUUGCUACUUUUGAACAUUUCUUGAACUUUUAAUUGAGGACGAAGUUUCAUGUAUUGGUAUCCAUGAAUUCCACCCAUAAUUUCUGACUUUAUUGUCUGGUGCUUCUAAUGUUCAUCUGUUUGGAAUAUUUCAUAACGAAUUAGUUAAACUUCGCCCGAGUUUA